UCCAGGGCGCCGAUUCCAGGUCCGUGAAGCAACUAAGGUCGCCAUUUUUACUGAGGGCACACGUUCGAGCGACCCAACCAUUACCCUCAAUUUUUCUAAGAGCGGGGCAGUGGUUCUACCGCCCUUUCCUACCGGCGCGAAGCUUUCCUUCCAAUUUCCGGCCGCACUAAGCAUGGCGGCGGCGCCUCCGCUCUGAUUGGUUGAUUGUCUUGACAGUAAUCUCGGGGGCUCGCGGGGCGCUUGGAGGAGCGCAUGGUUCCCCCCGGCGACCUGCGGGUGGGUUCGGCCCCUCAGAACGUUUUGGAUUUACCCUCUUCCUCAUUUUGAAGAUCCGAGGUCGGCGCCAGGGGAUUUGAAACGCCAGGCUGGAUCUCCCUGUUUCCCGGGGCCGCCGCGGGAACCUCCGGGGAAGCGCUGUCUGAAGGGAAGGGCGCGCGCGGGAUGAGCGGCCCCUUCCGCCGCCGCGUGGUCGCGGGAGUCCCGCCUCGCGCUGCUGUGCGGACACGUCCUCGCACAUCUGGCUCCGGCUGCGUUUGUUACUAGAAGUGGAAACGGAUGCGCGGAGGGGGGGGUGACGUUUUUAUUCUGCCCAUUCCCCAAGGGCCCCAAAGGCCGUGCAGAUCGGCCGAGUUGCCGGACGCGUGUACUUGAAUGUUCAGCGGAGGAGGGCUUACGCGUUGGAGCAGAAAGUGGGCGCUCCUGGCAUCGUGAGGGAUCCGCGUGCAUUUCGGAGAAUGACUUAACCGGCGCCUGCGGCGUGUUCGUGAGCGUGUCUCGUCGUCCCGGCUCCAGCAUGUUCUGCUCUUGGUUAACUCGGCUAAACCGGGGCUUAGCCCCACCCACCGCGAGGGUCGCCCCGCCGGUCUGGGGGCGUCUCUCCGGAAGGCGGGGGCUGAGUUCCCAGCGGAGUGUCCCAGAACUCAGUAGCUUUGUUGCCCGGACCAACACCUGUGGAGAGCUGCGUUCUUCUCACUUAGGCCAAGAAGUCACCUUGUGUGGGUGGAUUCAGUACCGAAGGCAAAACAUCUUCCUGGUCCUAAGAGAUUUCCAGGGGCUUGUUCAAGUUCUCAUUCCCCAAGAUGAGUCGGCUGCUUCCGUGAAGAAGAUUUUAUGUGAAGCCCCGGUGGAAUCUGUGGUGCAAGUAUCUGGGACAGUGAUUUCCCGACCUCCAGGACAAGAGAAUCCAAAAAUGCCGACAGGUGAGAUUGAAAUCAAGGUUAAAACAGCUGAACUUCUGAAUCCCUGCAAGAAGCUGCCCUUUGAAAUUAAGGACUUUGUGAAGAAAACAGAGGCUCUGCGUUUGCAGUAUCGCUACUUGGACUUGCGUAGUUUCCAAAUGCAGUAUAACCUGCGGCUGAGGUCCCAGAUGGUCAUGAAGAUGCGGGAAUAUCUCUGUAAUCUGCAUGGGUUUGUGGAUGUAGAAACACCAACAUUGUUUAAGAGGACUCCAGGGGGUGCAAAAGAGUUUGUAAUACCAUCCAGGGAACCUGGAAAGUUCUAUUCUCUCCCUCAGAGUCCACAACAAUUUAAGCAACUUCUGAUGGUUGGUGGUUUAGACAGAUAUUUUCAGGUUGCCAGAUGUUAUCGAGAUGAAGGCUCGAGACCAGACAGACAGCCAGAGUUUACGCAGAUUGACAUAGAGAUGUCUUUUGUAGACCAGACUGGGAUCCAGAGUCUAAUUGAGGGUCUGCUCCAGUAUUCGUGGCCUAAUGACAAAGGUCCUGUGGGGAUCCCUUUUCCUUCUAUGACUUUUGCUGAGGCUUUGGCCAGCUAUGGAACUGAUAAACCCGACACUCGCUUUGGGAUGAAGAUUGUAGAUAUCAGUGAUUUGUUCAGAAACACAGAGGUUGGAUUUCUUCAGGAUGCACUUAGCAAACCCCAAGGAACCAUCAAAGCCAUAUGCAUCCCUGAAGGAGCAAAAUACUUAAAAAGGAAAGACAUUGAGUCCAUUAGAAAAUCUGCAGCGGACCAUUUUGAUCAGGAAGUCUUGCCUGUGUUCCUGAAAGCCAACAGGAGCUGGAAUUCUCCGGCUGCAAAGCUUGCAGCGGAGGAGCAGGGACCGGAGCUGAUGGCACGAAUGGAGGUCCAGGAGGCGGGUGUGGUCCUCCUGGCGGCCGGCGAGCACCAGAGAGCAUGCUCUUUGCUAGGAAAAUUACGACUGGAAUGUGCUGACCUUCUGGAAGCAAGAGGAGUGCUACUCCGUGACCCAGCUCUGUUCUCUUUCCUUUGGGUGGUGGAUUUCCCACUCUUCCUUCCUAAGGAGGAAAACCCCGGAGAGCUGGAAUCGGCCCACCACCCAUUCACGGCUCCCCACCCCAGUGACAUCCACCUCCUCCACACUGAGCCCGAAAAGGUCCGUAGCCAACACUAUGACUUGGUUUUAAAUGGCAAUGAGAUAGGAGGCGGUUCUAUCCGAAUUCACGAUGCACAGCUCCAGCGCUACGUCCUGGAAAUGAUACUGAAGGAAGAUGUGAAAUUGCUCUCCCACCUGCUCCAGGCUUUAGAUUACGGAGCACCCCCUCAUGGAGGAAUUGCCUUAGGGUUGGACAGACUGAUAUGCCUUGUCACUGGAGCGCCAAGCAUCAGAGAUGUCAUAGCCUUCCCAAAAUCCUUCCGGGGACACGACCUCAUGAGCGAUGCCCCGGAUUUCCUCCCUCCCGAGGACCUGCAGCCCUAUCAUAUUAAGGUCUCCUGGCCAGCAGACUCGGAAGCGGGAAAGAACCCACUGAAUCACCCACACCAUCCAGAAAGUUGAGCUUUUGCGUCUCAUCCCCUUUGCUUCCUCUGGAGUUCUGCUGAGGCCCUGACAGGUCUUUAAGUGGAAGGGCUCCGGGCAACAAUGAAGAAGAUAUCCAAUCUUGACUUGCAUUAUUAGGAAUUGUUUGUUUGGGACUUUUUGAAGUUUCUUUUUACUUGGAGAGGUGUGAAAGAUGGCUCUUUGUCAGAGUAAUAUAAUGGCUAAGUGUUUGUUAAUCAUGUUUUUCAUACUCAGAUAGGUUUUCACUUAGGACAGAAGUAACCAAAUCAUGUGUGAAAGGUGAGAAAAUAUUUGCCCCUUUAAACUGGUGAGUUGGAGGAAUCCGUUUAACGGGUGCCAAGAGAAUCCUAUAAAUUAAGCUAGACAGUGACAUUUCAGCUAUCAAAAUAAUAUAGUAAGAAACAUGAUAUGCAAAACAUCACUGAAAUGAAACACAAAAAAUCCCAGUCAUUGCUUCACCUUGGGCAAGUUGCACAGGCCUCGCUCAGCCUCCCUCCUGCUUGUGUGAAAUGCAAACUAUUUGCCCUGGCUACCGCACAGGCCUCUUCCUGCCAGAAUCAGAGAUCAUGUAUGUGGGAGAUAUGAGUGAACAUGCUUUGAAAAACUCUAAGGCAUGACACAAAUGACACCCGUCUGUAACCAGGUACAGGUAUGUCUAUUUUAUAAUUUAAGAUUAAACAAUUACCUGUAGUAAAAGAGUAAGUUUACUCACCAGUAUUGUUUAUAUUUCUGUUUUUCUAAAUAACCCCUCAAUAACUUGAUCCCUCAGUUUUACUGAAAAUACUGACUUUAGACCAGCCUGAAAUGUAUAAAGUAUACACUGAAACUCAUUGUGAUUUUCUUAUAUUUAUUUUGACACAAAUAAAAAUCAUGAAAUGGGAACAAA